AUGAUCUUUCCCGCCGAGACUCCUGCACCCAGUGCGAAUCCAACUGCCAAUCCAAAAUUGGAGCAGAAAACCGUAGACGCCUCGAUAUGUGGAUGGGUGGGAGGCCGCGCAGAUGCACCGGCGCUGUGCUCUGCCGGGUCGACAUGUGUUCGUGAUGUAGAACACCAGUACGUCGGAUGUUGUGGGACAUCAGGUUCUUGCUCGGCCGGAAUCUACACGAGUUGUCUGGACCGCAAUAGCAUGGGAUGGUCAGCGCCAGGAGGCAUUCAAAGCAAUGGCGUCUACACAUGUUCAGCAAACAGCGAAUGCUAUCGGAAUACAUAUGCCGGGGGCUACUAUCAAUACGGCUGUGGAGAAUCGGCUUGGGCUGCACAGGUCGAGACCACGUAUUCUGGCCAGCCAACUAAUCUUGUGCUUGAUCUCGUCUAUUCCACUAUAACCUUUGCUGGUGCUACCUCCGAAUCGACCCUCACGGCCUCGACCACAACAUCAUCGGCGACCUCUCUCCCACUCAGUACUUCUCACCUUCCCACAAUACCCGUCUACACGGCGUCGGCUAGCUCCAUUGCUUCAGCCAGUUCUGAGACUAAACGUCCACCGCCUGGCGCCAUUGCUGGAAUCAUCAUAGCUGCCGUCAAUGGCGCAGCAAUAAUCGUCGCCUUGGGCCUCUGGCUUUGUCGUCGCCGUCGGAAACGGGGGCGGAAGGUGGCUAGCGUACGACCAAGGUCGAAUCCCGAUAUCUCCCGAGGCCUGCGGAUCCUCGAAACUAUUUCAAUCAUGUCUCCCCUCAAGACCGUUCUUCCCAAAUCAUAUCGCGCUGCGCGUUCUACCCUUCCAGCUCCACGAGCCUCGCUCCCUCAACCUCCGCCUUAUAUUUCACCCAACCAACAAGAGUCUAGACAGCUACAAUCAUUGUUUAUAGACAAUUCAGAAACCGACGAAAACGCCCAUGAGACUCGGACAAACACUGGUGCUCGGAAUGAAGAUCGAUCGCUCAACCCCGAGCCAGAAAUUGGUCUCGCAAUAUCAUCGGACCGCCAGUCUCUGCUGCGUCUUCCCGUCAUGUUAAAUACAGACGACUCUCCAUCAGCUAUCGAUUGGUUGCCCGAAAGUUCGUCGUCGAGUGAAUGCGACUUUUACGAGAACAGCACCGUCCCAGCGUCGCCGGUAUCCGAAGAGUACGAGGCCUCGUUUGCCAACUCGGCUGGCACCAUCACGCAUCCGGGAAGAGGGAACAAGGCGCGGUAUCAUCUGGUAGAUGAGGUUAUCCAUGGUGAGACGUCGGUAGAGAGGAACUAG